AUGGAAACAAAGAAGGGAUUUUCUACUCAAGCCAUGUUCACAUCAGUAAUAAUUCUGAUUAUUUUAUUGUGUAUAUUUUUAAUUAUCAAUCCUACAACUGGAUUGUCUGUCAACUGGAUUCAUUUAAACCUGGAUGGUGUAGUCUACAGUUCCACGUCUAUUAGAACAGUCUCGAAGAUCCAGUGUGUGAUGCUAGCCUCCCAAUCACCAACUAUCACUAGCUUUAGUUACCACCGUGAUUCCAGCAACUGUUAUUUCUAUACAGAGAUUCCUAGUAUAAAUCUUUUACUAAUUCCGUCCGUUCUAGGAGGGGCUAAAACUUUCACGAGACUGCCAAUUCCCGGCUGGCAGGAGACUACCACAUCGUACCAAUCGACAGUUCCACCGCUUUCUGGAGCAGCUCUAUGUGCCACCAAGUCUGGAUAUAAAUUUGACAGUUCUAGUAAUGGAUGUUUUAAGAUAUAUAUCACCCUAAUGAAAAUCAAUUCAGCCAAUCAAACUUGUAUAGACGAUGGAGGAUAUUUAAUGAGAUUGAAUUCUCCCGCCAAAACAACGUGGAUGAAGAAUAACAUGGAUGCAGGUUCUGUUUGGUUGGGAGGUAAAAAAGAUUCAACAACUAAUGAUUGGUUUUGGGAUUCUGGAGAUUCAAUCAACCCAUCCGACUUUAACAAUUUACCCUUGAACGUACUGACGAUCGACUGUGUCAGUUAUACGAAUGUCUUAUCGUUAAAGUAUAUGAAUCCGACUUCGUGUCUUCUUACGUUAGGAAUUGCGUGUGAAAUUCCCAUAUAA